ACUGAGUCAGCGUUUCCACAAGGAAACACGGUCGCCUUUUGUGAUUUGUUUGUAUUUCUCUUUGGAUUUUGUUACUGCAUAACUAACAAGUCUCCGUUUAGCAAUCCGUCCGCGCCACAGUCAUGAAGAUUUCUUCCUCCCCCUGUCUGGUGUUUUUGGUCCACAUCUUCAUGUUGUUCGCAGCGCAUGUUUAUUCACUGACUGAUGAUGAGUCUGCGCUUCUCGCCUUGAAAGCCUACAUCGAUCCUGGAACUGCAAAUAUCUUGGCAAGCUGGACAACGAAAUCUUCAGUUUGCAACUGGAUUGGUGUCACUUGCGGUGGCCAACCCCAGAGGGUCAUAGCCUUGAACCUUUCAUCCAUGGGUCUAGAUGGCACCCUCCCUCCGCAAAUUGGUAAAGUUCCAUCAGCUUUAGGCAACAUAACUUCACUGAAGAAGAUCUAUCUGAGUAAAAAUCAGCUCUCAGGUUUCAUUACCUCUAGCAUUUUUAAUGUUUCUUCACUGCAAAUAAUUGAUCUCAGCUUCAAUAGGCUAGUUGGAGGACUUCCAGUAGAUAUGUUUAAUCUUCUUCCAGACUUAAAGGAGCUAUAUCUCUCUGGGAAUCAACUUCAUGGACAGAUCCCAAGCAGUUUAUUCAACUGCUGGCAGCUAGAAGUACUAUAUUUGCCUUCUAAUAAUUUCACAGGAGCCAUACCAACAACGCUUGGGAAUUUAACCAUGCUCAAGGAAUUGUAUCUCAGCAAUAACAUCUUGGAAGGUCGUAUACCAAGCAGUAUUGGGAACUGUACAUCACUCACUCUCUUGGACCUGGCUGAUAACUCAUUUGAUGGUCUCAUUCCUAACACAAUUGUCAAUUUGAAAAAUCUCCAAAAACUCAAUUUAGCCCAUAAUGCCUUAACCAUUGAAUCCUCCACUCUAGAAUCUAGCUUUAUCAAUUCUGUGACAAAUAACAUGCAUUUGAGAAGGAUAGUGUUAUCAGGCAAUCCUCUAGAUACCAUGCUCCCUAUGUCCAUUGGAAAUCUCUCCACUUCUCUUGAAUACCUUUGGUUAACUGAUUGCAAACUUCAGGGCAGAAUUCCAUCUGAAGUUGGCAACUUAAGCAGCUUGGUUGCCUUAAGACUGGGAAACAAUGAACUGACGGGUGUUAUUCCAAGCACAAUUGGAAGACUACAAAAGUUGCAAGGAUUGCACCUUCAAGGGAAUAAAUUGCAAGGAACCAUCCUCUAUGAUUUUUGUAAGUUGAGCAGCUUGUUUGAAUUGUUUUUAAGUGGUAAUGAGCUUUCUGGAUUAAUACCAGAAUGCUUAAGUAAUCUCACAACUCUAAGAAAUCUCAGCUUAAGCUCUAAUAGAUUAACUUCCACAAUACCUUCCAGCUUGUGGAGCCUUACGGAUAUCCUGGCCAUAAACAUGUCAUCAAAUUCUUUGCAAGGGUCUCUUCCGUUUGAGAUUGAAAAUUUGAGGGUUGUGAUAGAAAUUGAUUUGUCAAAGAAUCAGUUUUCAGGCUACAUUCCAAACAGCAUUGCGUACCUCAAGAGUCUAGAAUAUCUCUCUUUGGCAGUAAAUAGAUUGGAAGGUCUCAUUCCAGAAUUCCUUGGUAGUUCUGUGAGCUUGGAAUUCUUGGAUCUCUCUCAUAACAAACUGUCUGGAGUAAUUCCUAUGUCCUUGGUACGGCUCCGUCUUAUAUAUUUUAAUGUAUCUUUUAAUGAACUUGAAGGAGAAAUACCUAGCGGAGGAAACUUUGUUAACUUCACAGCCCACUCAUAUGUGAUGAACAAAGCACUUUGUGGUGCACCACGAUUGCAAGUUCCAACAUGCAGGACUGGUACUUCCAAAAGAUCAAGGAGACCUAUUUUGACUCUUGCAAAGAUUCUGUUGCCAAUAAUUGCAUCAAUGUGUAUCCUGCCACUGAUGUACCGGGCAAUAAGACUUGCAUCAAUGCGUUUCCUGCGACAGAUAUACAGAGCAAUAAAACACUGCCUGAAAAAGAGAGAGGAUCCGCUUUUAACAACAAAUAGAACAAUUCUAUACCAAGAAAUUGUGCUAGCAACAGAUGGAUUUAGCGAAAGUAACAUAAUUGGCACUGGGAGUUUUGGUUUUGUUUACAAGGGAGCAAUGAAGGAGGAGAAGAAUGUUGCAAUAAAGGUUUUCAAUUUGCAUCCAGAAAAAGGAUUGAGGAGUUUCCAGGUUGAAUCUGAAUUGCUGUCCAAUACUCGUCAUCCUAAUCUUGUCAAACUCAUGAACAGUUGCUGUGAUGAUGAUUUCAGAGCCUUGGUGCUAGAAUAUAUGCCCAACGGGACCCUGGACAAGUGGCUUUAGACUCACAAUUAUUUUUUGAAUCUCUUGCAAAGACUCGACAUUAUGAUAGAAGUUGCAUCAGCCAUGAGCUACCUUCACUCAAUACACGUAAUUCACUGUGAUUUAAAACCUAGCAAUGUCCUGCUAGAUGAAGACAUGAUUGCUCGUGUAAGUGAUUUCAGUAUUGCCAAACGCUUAGGUGAAAAUGCUACAAUGCAAACAAGGACCAUGGCCACUUUGGGGUACAUGGCACCAGAGUAUGGAUUGAGUGGAAUUAUAUCUGAAAAAACAGAUGUGUACAGCUUCGGUAUUCUACUCAUGGAAACAUUCACCGGAAAGAAGCCCACAGAUGAUAUGUUUGAUGGAGAAAUGAACUUGAGGCUCUGGAUAUUUGAGUCAUUACCUCAUACAGUAGACAGAUUUAUUGAUGUCAGUUUGCUGCAGAUUGAUCAGGGAGACAUAGCAGCUAAAACAAGAUGUGUGAGAUCAAUCAUGAAAGUUGCUUGGUUUUGUACUGCAGAGUCAAGUCUUGAGAGGAAGACUAUGGCUGAAGUUGAGUUUGAGCUCCAUAGGAUCAAAUCACGUUUUUUAAUUGAGACUGAAUUGAUAGAAUGCCAAGAAAUGCCAAGGGAAAUAGUAUAUCCUAGGAUUUCGUACCAAGAGCUUGAGCUAGCAACAGAUGGAUUUAGUGAAAGGAACCUGCUUGACUUGGGGGAAUCUUGUGUCGUGUACAAAGGAAUACUGAAAGACAAGAGGAUUGCUGCAAUAAAGAUUUUUAAUACACAAAAAAGAGGGUUUCGGAGUUUUGAAGUUCAAUCUCAAGUGCUGCCCUUUAUUCGUCAUCGGAAUGUUGUCAAAAUUUUGAAAUGCUGCUGCGACGUUGGUUUCAAAGCCUUGGUGCUAGAGUACGUCCCCAACUUGUCUCUUCAAAAGUGGCUUUGUCGAAUAUCCCCUGGCUUGAAUAUUUUGAACUUUUCGAAAAGGCUUGAUAUAAUGAUAAACGUGGCAUCAGCUUUGUGUUAUCUUCAUACUAUGGGUGUCAUUCACUGCAAUUUAAACCCAAGCAAUGUCCUGCUAGAUAAUGAUAUGGUAGCUCGUGUGAGUGGCUUCAGCAUUGCCAAAUGCUUAGACAAAGGGAUUGGUGCAACAAUUACCACAACCAUGGCCACUGCUGGCUAUAUGGCACCAGAGUAUGAAUCAAUGGGAACUGUUUCUGAGAAAACUGACGUGUACAGCUUUGGUAUUCUUUUAACGGAAACAUUUACCACAAUAAGACCAACGGAAGAAACGAACAGGAGCUGGAUAUGCCAUUCAUUACAAGUAGUUGACACAGUUGUAGAUCUCAAUUUCGUGCACGCUGGUCAAGAACACUUAGCAGCUGCUACAAGAAGAUGUUUACGUUUGAUCCUGCAAUUGGCUUAUUGUUGCACUGCAGAGUUAUCUGAUGAGAGAAAGACUAUGAAAGAAAUUGAAUCGGAGCUUGUCAGGAUCAAAAAACGGUUCUUAAGUGAUAACUGACAAGAAAUGGUUCUAAUAUCCCACCACUGUCCCCUCAAAAAACAAAAAGGAUACCACCACCGAGAUUUUUCAUUUUGCCUUUUCAUUUCUUGAUCCUGCUUUUCUAAAUGACAGGGUAGCAGGUGUUUCAUGUGUGAAACAGGGUGUGGAAAGGGUGUUUUAGCGGCAUGGUUAAAAAUGUUUUGCCAGUAUGAUUUUCCUUCAAUAAUUCAGAACGAAUGUACGUCUCGAAUUAAAUUAAGCAUUGCAAAUAUCAUCAUAUUUUAA